ACAAACAGCGCUUCUAAUUCUAGAACAUUUCCAUCACCUCAAAAAGCCCAUCUCUUAGCAGUCACCCCCAAACCCCUGGCAACAUAAACCCACUUCCUGUCUCUGGAUGUGCCUGCUCUGGACAUCUCACAGGUGGAAUCACACUCGGUGGCGUUUUGUGUCUGGCUUCUACUGAGUUCAAGGUCUCACAAGUUCUCAUCAUGUGUUCAAGGUCCAUCCACAUUGUAGCGAGUGUCAGCGCUUCACUCCCUGAAAUGGCUCAGUAAUAUUCCAGUGUGUGGAGGGAGUACAUUUUGUUUAACCAGUUGAUGGGCACCUGGGUUUCUACUUUCUGGUUAUUUUGAAGUGUUGCUGGGAACAUUUGCAUGCAGGUUUUUCCUCUGGUGUAUUUUGGAAACAGGUGAGGACUGGGUGGGGGUGAGGAGGAGUCUAAGCACCUGGAAAGGUGGAGCUGAGAAUGCAGAAGCAAAAUUCCGAAGCUUCAUUUGGCUCAGAGGCCCCAUGUGGGAAUACAGGAAGGGGGCCAGGGGAGCCCUGAGCCCCCCAGCCAUUCAGGUGUGGCCCCACCUCCUUCCUUCAGCCUCAGCUGGGGUGGGAGGGAGUGGUCUGGCCAGUAGCCAGGGCCACCAGCAGCAUUGCCAGGACACAGAGAAUGGCCUUUGUUGCUGUCAACAAUGGCCUCACAGGCCUUCUAGGCAGGAGCACCCAGGAACCCAGAGGCAGACAUGCAGACCCUGAGGCAGGAGGCUACCCAGCACUGUAUCCCCCAGGGGACCCUGGAAGUGGACUUCCCGGCACCUCUCUACAGUGAUGACUACCUGUCCCUCAUGGGGCCCCGGUGGCCACCAGCCAUCAAGCAGGCGGUACGCUGGGCCUACACGCCCAUGGGAUGUGAUGCGGCUGGCCAGCUGUGGUAUACUGGCUUAACCAACUCGGAUUUCCGAGAAGCCUGGUACACGCUACCGAGGACCCUGGACAUCCCCUACCGGGAGGCUUAUGCCCGCUGGCUUGGAUGCUACAGCCACCGGAAGCACAGCAUGCCCUCAGCCUACACCCAGCACCUUCGGGAAACUGCCUGGUACGACCCCAUCGUGCCUGCCCAGUACAGGGUCCGCAGCCCUCGGUGGGGAACCAUGCUGUGGAAAGACAGACCCAUCUGGGGCAAGGAAUAUGUGGUCAACAGGCACCAGUACGGGGUGGAGCCGCUGGGGCCGGCCUCAGACUACGUGCCCUACCUGUCGGCACCGCAGCGCCCGCGCUACACGGCCCAGAACUACCGGCAGUGGGACCUGGAACCCUACUGCCCAUCCACUGGUCAGCGACUCCAACCCCAUUACACGUCUGCAGUCUGAUAAAGACUGUCCCUCUGUGGGAACGCUG